AUGGCCGACAGGAACGGCGCAGGGCCCGGCGGCCGGGAAGGCGACAAGCGCCCCGCCGCGACGGGGAAGGGGGCCAGGACGGAGCUGAAGGCGGUGGUGGUGGGCGACGGCGGCUGCGGGAAGACGUCGUUGCUGCUCGUCCACGCGAAGGGCGCCUUUCCCGAGCAAUACGCCCCUUCGGUCUUUGAGAAAUACACAACCGAUGUCACAGUGCGGAAGAAAGAAAUCAUCUUACAUUUGUAUGAUACUGCAGGACAAGAGGAUUACGACCGCCUACGGCCACUCUCCUACCAAAACACCCACGUGGCUUUGAUUUGCUACGAUGUCAUGAACCCUGUUAGCUUUGAUAAUGUAUUAAUUAAGUGGGUCCAUGAAGUGAACCACUUCUGUCGCGGAAUCCCCAUCCUCUUGGUGGGUUGCAAAACGGAUCUCCGGAAAGACAAAGAACAUCUCAGGAGACUCCGCUCCGCUCAACAGGAACCGAUCACUUACAAGCAGGGUGAAGACGCCUGUCGCCAGAUCAAUGCCAACGUUUACCUGGAGUGCUCAGCCAAGCUUCGCGAAAACGUCGAGCCCAUUUUUAGCGAAGCUGCUAGCGUAGCUUUGGAUGCCAUCAAGAAGGCCAAACGGCAGAAGUCAAGGCCCUGCGUCCUCUUAUGACGGCAUGAAACCGGCCAGAAGAGAACAGUAGCUCUUCAUCCUUCGGCAAUACGCAAGGAGGCCUUUCUAGGUUUUAUUUCAGACUUUAAAAGGGACUUUUAAUUUGGAUUUAACGGGAGGAGGAAAUUGUUUUACUUUACUUUCUGCUUUUAGUGAACCUUUUCAUCCAACGGUCAAACGUUUCACUAUGAAGCAGCCCUUCCAUUUCCAGAUCUCCUCUUUUUACUUGUGGAAGAAAAGAUCACUUCACUGCUUGCCAUUUUAAACAAGAGUUUAAAAAACCCUCUCUUACAUCAUCGCAGUAAUACUUAAUUGCAGUUCGCACGUGGAAUGACUCCUCCGCUGCCUCCUGUUCAAUAAACUUCUCAAGGUGUGAGUUGGAGCUGCGUAACACACUAAACCAUACGCUAGAGUUUGCUUGACUUCGGUUUAAUGCAAUGUUUCUCAGCUGUAGCAGCUUGAAGAUGUGUGGACUUCAACUCCCAGAAUUCUGGGAGUUGAAGUCCACACAUCUUCCAGUUGCCAAGGUUGAGAAACCCUGGUUUAAUGCAUCAUUUGUAUGUUGCCACUGUAGCUUGCAGACUGUGAUUUAUGGUUUAGUGUUGCCAUUAUCCUAGCCAAGUGUGCUUGUUCAACCAACCUUAGUUAAAAUGGACCCUCAUUCAGUAAGAUGUAUGAAUGCAAUGGCUGUGACCGACCCUUACCGGUCUGUAAUAACACAGGAACGCUUUGAGACAGGAAUCAGUCCAAAAGUUCAGAAGUUAAAGUACAGCAUGGUUGUGAUUUAAUUGUUACUCAGGUAUAGUGAGCCCCAAUUCAGUUAGAAGAUU